GCCACGGCAGCUUAAAUGGAUUGCUCUGAUCCUCUGCUUUAAAUCGAUAUGUAUUGCCUUCCAUAUCCUUUCUAGUAAUUAUCUUACCAACUACUUUUCACUUGUCAAAUCAACCAAAAAUGUACGCUGGAUAUUACUUUUUGCUUUUAACUCUGCUUGCACUUCAAGCUGUGGCCAAGCCCCUCAACUCUCACUCAGCACGAGUCAAUAAACGUGAAACUCCCAGCGCUUCUUGCUAUUCCACCCAUAGAAACAAAAAUAAAAAUAGCCAGGUAGCCGGUCGAACUUACCACGGAGAAGCUACAACUUGGAACGCUAGCUGGGCUACCGGAAAUUGUCUAUUCCAAAAGUGGCCCCAACCGAAAGGACUGGGUCCAAUCGCUAUGGCUUCGAACCUCUGGAACUCUUCGGGUAUCUGCGGUGCUUGUAUUUCGAUUACUGGACCAGUCGGGACCCACAAAGGAGUCGUUAGUGACCAGUGCCCAUCUUGCAAAAAAGACAGUUUAGAUUUAGGUCCAGAUUUAUGGAAAGAAGUUAGUAAUGGCCAAAACCCCGGAGUACUCCCAAUUACUUGGGAAAUUGUCCCGUGUAACUUUUCGACACCGAUCGAGUUCAUCAACAAGGAUGGCGUUAGCAAAGAUUGGAAUUCGAUUCAAGUGGCCGGUGCCGAAGUUCCAAUUAGGUCUUUGGAAGUUAUGCCUAUUGCUAACGAAAGCUCUGGAGGAACUGGCCAGAGAUCUUGGAUUAGAUUGACAAAGCAAUCAAACUCUAACUACUUCCAACCUGAGUCCGGAAAGGGAUUGGGAAAAUCGGCCGACAUUAAAGUAACAUGUGAUAAUGGCAAGAAAAUCAUUACGAAGAACGUCGAGUUAGACAAGCCCUUGAACAUUACCGACGCGGUUGGAAACUGUUGAAACUUCAAAUUUCCCAAAAUUGUCAAUUCUUACGGAGCUCAGUUGGGCCUGUGACCACUACCAGAACAAAUCAGCUCUAAAUCAGUAGUAAAUCACUCAUGGUUUAGCAAUUGCAUGAGAUAAACCCUGUCUAGUUUUGAUAUUUUCUCAAUGUUCAUCUCGAGUCUGUAAUCUUGUCAAGGUCCACUGGAGGAAAUCUAUUUGUCAUGUCUUGCGUCGCCACUCUUUCUUUUCUAUUCUGCAAACAAAAUCAAAGUGAAUGUGAAUUCGAUUUCGAUAUUUGCGAAAAUAGAAAAAACAAGGCUCAAG